GCACCUGCUUGCACCUGGCGCAUUGCCAGACCACUGAGAUGGACUGCACGGCGGAAGCCCUUUCAGACCUUCUUCGUCCUUGGGUGGAAAUCAGUUCGAUAGCUUCGAUAUGUGGUGACAACGCCAAGAACAUGGUUGCAUGUGCACGCCGUUUGGCAGAACAAUCUCCGCAUCCGCUCCUGGCAUUGCGCUGCCACGAGCAUGGAGCGCAACUGUUGCUGAAGGACAUUCGCGAAGCAAUGCCGUAUGUCAAAAACGCGACCACUGAGAUCCAUGCUGCCAUCAAAUGGCUCCGGAAACAGAAGAAGCUGAUCGGCAAGGUUAGAGCUGCAGGGAUUGUGAUACAACAUCGCCGCAAGACUCGUCACAACUCGUGGACCACAAUGACCUGCAAAUGGCUGCAGCACAAGGCCGCAGUGGUCAGGAUAGCUCGAGCUCACGGUGUCGAGCGCCUGGGGCAUACAGACCGUCAGCGUCGAAGAGCUGCCCAGAUGCUUCAGGUUUGGGAGCAGCAUGCCUUGGAAGCUCGGGCGAGACGUUUCCUUCCCGUGCUCUUCUUGCUGACGCAGUUGUCGAAGGCGUGCGCCUGUGCGCGCCUGCCGGAGGUGUACAAUCUCUGGAAGCUGGCAGAGGCCCAGCUGCGCGAGGUUGUGCAGACAGCGGAUUUUCGUGACACGAACGAGACCGAAGCUCAAGUCAGGGCCCGUCGAGAUGAGCUGAAGGAGAUUGUGCGAAAGCGCUUGGACAUGCUUUGCGAUGAGACCGUCAAAGCUGCAGCGGCAUUCGAUCCACGACAUCUUGCGAGACUAGCCGCAGGUGGUGAGGAGCCGCUGUGGCUGCAAGCUGCUUUUGUGUCUGCGACUGACGCUUUGCUGCCGAUGUAUUACGGAGCGGAUGCAGAAUGCCUCGAAGCAGUUUGUGGUCACUUGCAGGAGUACCGAGAGCGACGUGGCAUGUUUGCCAGAUUGCGAGAAUGGCCGGAUGCAACAGCUUCUCUGGAGAAUGUGAUCCGAUGGUGGCAGCAUCGACAGCCCAGCGCGCUGCUGAAGAAGGUGGCGGUGAAGCUAUGGGCCUCCGUGGCAUCACAGGGAGCUGCCGAGAGGGCUUGGGCAGUCGCCAAUCGCAUCAAAUCUCCUAUCCGGAACAGAUUGAGCUUGGAGACACAGCAGGAACUUCAACAGGUCAGCCUCAACAUGCCCAUGCUCCUUCCCGACCUCAAGGAAGCCCCGAAUCCGUGCUUGUCUCGGUGUAUGGCGUACACAUCCUUGCCCACUGUCAAUCUGGCCAAAUUCACGCGAAGGGAUGGUGUCCAAGGGCAGGACAUCUGGCCCGAAGACGAUGCCAUGAGCUUGAUCAGCAGUUCAAGCUCUUCCUCCACUGAUGCUGACUAG